AUGUUCAGCUGGUUGGGUACCGAUGACAGGAGGAAGAAGGAUCCUGAGGUCUUUCAGACAGUCAGCGAUGGCCUCAAGAAGCUCUACAAAACCAAGCUGUUACCCUUGGAGGAACACUACAAAUUCCACGAGUUCCACUCGCCCGCCUUAGAGGAUGCCGACUUUGACAACAAGCCCAUGGUUCUCCUUGUGGGGCAGUAUUCCACUGGAAAGACCAGCUUCAUACGGUACGUCUGUGUUUGAAAUGUGGGUGCUUUGCUUGCCACUCAGUAGGCCAAAACACUAGUGAGUUUUGUGCACUGAUAUGCAAACAGAGGGGACAUUACAUGCAUGGCAGGCACUGCAUAUUUACAGUUAGCUUUUAUUGUAGAACAAAUGGUCCUAGGAAGAUAAAUCGGUUAGUGUUUGGGUUGACUGGAUUCCUGUUCAACCUUGGGCAGACACAGGUCAAAUAUUGACAUACUCUGACUUGGGAGGGAUGAGACAUUCCAACAGACAAGAGAGCAACCUGCUGGGUUAGCAUUCACCUCUUAUGGUAUAGAUGACUACAAAAAUAUAUAAGUACAUUAUGGAAAUCUAGUGGUAUUACAUAGUUAUAGACAUAGUUAUACCUAUUACAAUCCUAUAAUCCUCAAUGCCAUUUUAUGAUUACAUGUUACAGUAAUCAUCUGCAAUGUUCCCUUAUAGUCACACCCAUAACACAGGAAUGUCUGCUGUUCCAUUGAUUUGUCUGUUAAACUAGCCCAUGACCAUGGAACAGAUCAUGUUUCCAAGUUAAAUUCCAGCAUUUCCCUAUGGACUGCUAAAUGGCAUGCCAACCAUCUCACUUAGUGCUCAUCAAAGGAAUACAAGAUAUUGGAAAAAUAUUGGACCCAAAAGCAUGUGUGUUGGUCUCUCUGAGCCUACCACAAAGCAAACUUUGUCUUGGAGAUGGGAUGGGAGGCCAGAUUUAAAUUGAGCUUCCAUGCAGCGAAGGUCACGCAUUUAAUCUAUUUACGUUCACCAUGACUUCCAGCCAAACAUCAUGCUAAAUAUAGGACAGACAUCUUAGCUGAACUAUGAAUUAAAUAACAUUGCUACCCCAGAGUAAGGACAUGGGAACUCUAUGCAUGUCUAGACUUCAGCCAUGUAUAAUUUACUACAAUCAGUAGUGUGUGCUGUAUGGGCAUGCGAAAAGCAGAAGGUAGUUGAACCUGUACUGUGAGUUGAGUAAUACACAGGUGUGCAGUAAGUAAUAGGAUCCUUUCCGGCUCUCUCCUUGUAUCAUUGCCUUUGUGGUGGCAUGUUUUCCACAUCAAACUUUACUGGUGACACUAAGUGCAUCCCUCUAGCUGUGCAGUAAUGCCAGUGAUUGCUAGUGCUUCUCCUGCUAUCCCAAGGCCAGAGAUGAGAUGCAGUCCUCUGCUGUCCUCUCACUGAUAAGCCCUGUUUUCUCCAACCCUCUCAUCAGCUCCCUUAUUGCUAUAGCAACAUGUCACUAAUAGUUUCCAUAGCGACUAGUCCAGGAGUUAUAGAGAGGCGCGACAAGUGAGAGACAUCAGUCUGGAAUCAUGUAGAGAAUGCCCCUGGCCACCGGAAGCACUUACUGUAUAGGAUCAGGUUUUAAGGUCUGGAAAGCUUUGGGGCACUCUCACUUCCUAGCCCCCUUUAGUUUGUACUGUCUAAGUGAGUUAUUAGCUUUAGGGCACUUCUCCUUCAUAGCCCUUCAUAGAUUGUAGUACUUAUUUGCAAACGCGUUAUCAUGUUUGGGUCAAGUAAUUGAAUAGUAGAGCUUUGUUCUCAUGCUUUUGCAAGUGUGGGUGAGAAUGACAGCUGAGUGUGGGUUGGUUGAUAGGGUUCUGUCUCAGUCUGGCCAUAUAACUGGUCUUAAUUAGGCAGUCCUUUGAAAUCCACGGUGACUUGCAAACAACAUUCUGUAACCAGGCGUGGUCGCGGUCCCUUGGUACAGACAGAGAGAGAAAUCCCUGAAAUCCUCUCUGGUUGGCAUCAGACAUGCUAAAUUCCAGGUAUACCAAUCCCUGGACAUGAUUGCAUUAGAUAUGGAGCGCAUUUCAUCUAAUAACAAUAUCACACAUCUGGGAGCUUUCUAUAUGAUAAUACUUUAUUUUUUGCUAAACUUUAUACUAAAGUCAGACCAUACUGUAUGUACACCCUCUAUAGGAGUCCAUUUCAAAAGUUGGAAAUGUUUGAAUGUUUAAUCAGCUAUGGUUCAGCACUGGCCAAGUCAGGUGAUGACUUUGUCCUACUGGCCACAGAUGUCAAUUCAACAUCUAUUCCACGUUGGUUCAAUGUAAUUUCAUUGAAAUGACGUGGAAACAGCGUUGAUUCAACCAGUGUUUUGCCCAGUGGGGUGUUGGUUUCCUAUGCUGCCUGUCAUGGUCCAGUCCACUGUCAGAGUUUCUAGAGCUAGUCUCUCUAAUGGCUUGGGGAUAGAGGAAAAUGAGAGGUGGGCAGGGCUAGUUGGGCUACUCUCCCUUUCUCUGUGAUUUGUGCCCUAUGUGAGGUCACUGUCCUGCAGGAUAGGGCCAUAGUCAGUGUCUUUAGUUUCCUGUGUGCAUUGUUCAUAGAGGACGUGCAGGCCUAUGUGGCGGCUGCAGUAGGGAGAGUGGUAGGGAAAGAGCUAGGCCUGUGUUUGUGUGUGCUGACUCCUCAGUCCACAGUGCUAUGAAAGCACACAGGCCCUCUUUCCUCUCUGGUCUGUUUCCAAACACACGCACGCAGUCCCUGUGCUCUCCAUCAAUCCAGUUUCACUCUGCCUCCCUUCAUCUCAUCGAAGCCUCAGUGGCAGAGCUGUGGGAAGGAUAAACAUCUGGCUCUGGACAGUGCUCCUGCUCAUCUACUGUUGGUCAUCUUUUGUUGCAAUAGCACUGUAUUAUGGAUUUAAACAGUGUCUACAGAGAGACAGUACUAGCCGGCUAGGUUGACCCCUUUGACAAGAUGUGUGUAGAGUGGAUAUAUAGAGUAUCCGCUGGUUGACCUCACAUCUGUUAUUGCUUUAAAGGUUUAAAGUGGUUUAAAAGGACAGUUUAUUGCUUUUCAGUUAUAAACCACUAGUAUUUACAAUUCAAUGCAUUUCUAGGAUUCUGCACAUUCUAUACAAUUAUACUAGAUUUUUACCACAUCUGUGAUGUCAAUUUGGACUGAUUGAAGAUGAAACUCUUGACCUUGACCCUAUAAUUCAAAAAUGUUAGUAUGUUCUUUAAAAAUAUGGUUAAGUACGAUUUUACCAUGUAACUGGCAGGUGUACAGGGCCUCUAAAGUAAAAUGUAAACUAAGAUAGUGGACAAUAGAAUAAUGCAUAAACAGAGAUCCAUUUCACCUAUUACUCCCCAGAUACCUGUUGGAGCAGGAUUUCCCUGGAAUGCGGAUUGGGCCGGAGCCCACCACAGACUCCUUUAUUGCAGUGAUGCAUGGAGACACGGAGGGGGUGAUCCCUGGCAACGCCCUAGUUGUCGACCCCAAGAAACCCUUCAGGAAGCUCAACGCCUUCGGAAACGCCUUUCUCAACAGGUGAGACUAUAGCAGUCCACAUAUAGUAUUUUUAUUAAUCUAGUUGGAUGACUCAUUAAGUUUUUAUAGAAGGGUUGGUUGUUUAGCAACAAAACCGACGCGUGCGCAACUAUGGUGCAAAACAGAUGGGGUUGACUUAGACUGUUGACAACAUGUAAACUAUAUUUAGUCUCCAAAUGUUUAUUGAAAACAUAAAUACAUUUGCACAAUGAGCACUUGUUAUCUCUCAAAUACAUUGUUUUAGUUGUUGGUUAGUUCGCUAGCGAAUUUCAGCCAUAUUAGCAUAGACAUGGCAUCAGUCAAAACACCUCAGAACAAGACACUAACAAGGUACAAUGAGCUGAAACGAACCACCUAUGAUUUCCCACAUGGCAGCUUCUUGUCAUUGUUGCAAGGACUGGGGAGUUUUUCAGGAUAAAAUAUUUACAGAAUGGAGCUAAGCACGGGCAAAAUCGUAGAGGAAAACCUGGUUCAGUCUGCUUUCCACCAGACACUGGGAGAUUAAUUCACUUUUCAGUAGGCAGGACAAUAACCUAUAAGGCCAAAUCUACACUGGAGUUGCUUACCAAGAAGACAGUGAAUGUUCUUGAGUGGCCGGGUUACAGUUUUGACUUAAAUCUGCUUGAAAAUCUAUGGCAAGAGUUGAAAAUGGUUGUGUAGCAAUGGUCAACAACCAAUUUGACAGAGCUUGAAGAAUUUUGAAAAUAAUAAUGGGCAAAUAUUGUACAAUCCAGGUGUGCAAAGCUCUUAGAGACUUACCCAGAAAGACUCACAACUGUAAUCGCUGCCAAAGGUGAUUCUAACAUGUAUUGACUCAGGGGUGUGAAUACUUAUGUAAAUGAGAUAUUUCUAUAUAUAUUUUUGCUAAAUUUCAACAACAACAAUUUUUUUUUUUCACUUUGUCAUUAUGGGGUAUUGUGUGUAGAUGGAUGAAAAACAAUUAUAUUUACUAAAUGUGUAAUAAGUCAAGGGGUAUGAAUACUUUCUGAAGGCACUGUGUCAACUGAUGUGUGUGUGUGUCAUACAUACCUCAAACCUCGCUCUGGGAAAGGGAUUGCUGCUCGCUGCCUUAUUAACUGUAAAGUGUUUCUUAAGUAUGCCAUUCAUACUUUGCAUCACGAGAGGGAGAGGAAGCAAUCCAUAGAGGGUUUCCACUGUAAGCACAAGGCUCAUAGCGUGUUUCCUGAGGGAGAUGAUAUGAAUACAAGGCUUGUGAUGGUUUCUGCAGGUGGCUCUGACAAUGUUAAGUAGGAGAACAUACAGUACCAGUCAAAAGUUUGGACACACCUACUCAUUCCAGGGUUUUUCUUUAUUUUACUAUUUUCUACAUUGUACAUUGUACAUUGUACAUCACUCUCUUUCUUGGUAAAAUAGCCCUUACACAGCCUGGAGGUGUGUUGGGUCAUUGUCCUGUUGAAAACAAAUGAUAGUCCCACUAAGCCCAAACCAGAUGGGAUGGCGUAUCGCUGCAUAAUGCUGUGGUAGCCAUGCUGGUUAAGUGUGCCUUGAAUUCUAAAUAAAUCACAGACAGUGUCACCAGCAAAGCACCCCCACACCAUAACACCUCCUCCUCCAUGCUUUAUGGUGGGAAAUACACAUGCAGAGAUCAUCCGUUCACUCACACCGCGUCUCACAAAGACACGGCGGUUGGAACCAAAAAUCUCAAAUUUGGACUCAUCAGACCAAAGGACACAUUUCCACCGGUCUAAUGUCCAUUGCUCGUGUUUCUUGGCCCAAGCAAGUCUCUUCUUCUUAUUGGUGUCCUUUAGUAGUGGUUUCUUUGCAGCAAUUCGACCAUGAAGGCCUGAUUUACACAGUCUCCUCUGAACAGUUGAUGUUGAGAUGUGUCCGUUACUUGAACUCUGUGAAGCAUUUAUUUGGGCUGCAAUUUCUGAGGCUGGUAACUCUAAUGAACUUAUCCUUUACAGCAGAGGUAACUCUGGGUCUUCCAUUCCUGUGGCGGUCCUUAUGAGAGCCAGUUUCAUCAUAGCGCUUGAUGGUUUUUGUGACUGCACAAGAAACUUUCAAAGUUCUUGAAAUGUUCCAUAUUGACUGACCUUCAUGUCUUAAAGUAAUGAUGGACUGUUGUUUCUCUUUGCUUAUUUGAGCUGUGCUUGCCAUAAUAUGGACUUGGUCUUUUACCAAAUAGGGUUAUCUUCUGGAUACCCCCCCCCCCCCCCCCCCUACCUUGUCACAACACAACUGGUUGGCUCAAACGCAUUAAGAAGGAAAGAAAUUCCACAAAUUAACUUUUAAGAAGGCACACCUAUUAAUUGAAAUGCAUUCCAGGUGACUAUCUCAUGAAGCUGGUUGAGAGAAUGCCAAGAGUGUGCAAAGCUGUCAUCAAGGCAAAGGGUGGCUAUUUGAAGAAUCUGAAAUAUAUAAUAUAUUUUGAUUUGUUUAACACUUUUUUGGUUACUACAUGAUUCCAUAUGUUGUUAUUUCAUAGUUUUGAUGUCUUCACUAUUAUUCUACAAUGUAAAAAAUAGUAAAAAUAAAGAAAAACCCUUGAAUGAGUAGGUGUGUCCAAACUUUUGACUGGUAGUGUAUGUGUGGAAUAAGGGUUCUUAAGAGUUCUUAGGGUGCUUUAGGGUUCUUAGGGUUCUUGGCGUAUGGCCGGUGUUUGUUGUGCAAAUCUGCAGAUAAAACCACAGGAAGUCUAGAGAAAGUUGGCUCGGCUCAGAGAGCAGUUUGAAACAGAUAGUCAAGUGUUGUAAUGCAUGUUCCCCAAGCGAACAGAAUAAUCAAAGAGCAGAGUGUAGCUCAACUACAGUGAGGGAAAAAAGUAUUUGAUCACCUGCUGAUUUUGUGCGUUUGCCCACUGACAAAGACAUGAUCAGUCUAUCAUUUUAAUGGUAGGUUUAUUUGAACAGUGAGAGACAGAAUAACAACAAAAAAAUCCAGAAAAACACAUGUCAAAAAUGUUAUAAAUUGAUUUGCAUUUUACAUUUACAUAUUUACAUUUUAGUUAUUUAGCAGACGCUCUUAUCCAGAGCGACUUACAGGAGCAAUUAGGGUUAAGUGCCUUGCUCAAGGGCACAUCGACAGAUUUUUCACCUAGUCGGCUCGGGGAUUAGAACCAGCGACCUUUCGGUUACUGGCACUACGCUCUUAACCACUAAGCUACCUGCCGCCCCAAUGAGGGAAAUGAGGGAAAUAAGUAUUUGACCCCCUCUCAAUCAGAAAGAUUUCUGGCUCCCAGAUGUCUUUUAUACAGGUAACGAGCUGAGAUUAGGAGCACACUCAUAAAGGGAGUGCUCCUAAUCUCAGCUUGUUACCUGUAUAAAAGACACCUGUCCACAGUAGCAAUCAAUCAAUCAGAUUCCAAACUCUCCACCAUGUCCAAUACCAAAGAGUUCUCCAAGGAUGUCAGGGACAAGAUUGUAGACCUACACAAGGCUGGAAUGGGCUACAAGACCAUCGCCAAGCAGCUUGGUGAUGAAAUUGGUGCGAUUAUUCGCAAAUGGAAGAAACACAAAAGAACUGUCAAUCUCCCUCGGCCUGGGGCUCCAUGCAAUAUCUCACCUCGUGGAGUUGCAAUGAUCAUGAGAACGGUGAGGAAUCAGCCCAGAACUACACCGGAGGAUCUUGUCAAUGAUGUCAAGGCAGCUGGGACCAUAGUCACCAAGAAAACAAUUGGUAACACACUACGCCGUGAAGGACUGAAAUCCUGCAGCGCCCGCAAGGUCCCCCUGCUCAAGAAAGCACAUAUACAUGCCCGUCUGAAGUUUGCCAAUGAACAUCUGAAUGAUUCAGAGGAGAACUGGGUGAAAGUGUUGUGGUCAGAUGAAACCAAAAUGGAGCUCUUUGGCAUCAACUCAACUCGCCGUGUUUGGAGGAGGAGGAAUGCUGCCUAUGACCCCAAGAACACCAUCCCCACCGUCAAACAUGGAUGUGGAAACAUUAUGCUUUGGGGGUGUUUUUCUGCUAAGGGGAUAGAACAACUUCACCGCAUCAAAGGGAUGAUGGACGGGGCCAAGUACCGUCAAAUCUUGGGUGAGAACCUCCUUCCCUCAGCCAGGGCAUUGAAAAUGGGUCGUGGAUGGGUAUUCCAGCAUGACAAUGACCCAAAACACACGGCCAAUGCAACAAAAGAGUGUCUCAAGAAGAUGCACAUUAAGGUCCUGGAGUGGCCUAGCCAGUCUCCAGACCUUAAUCCCAUAGAAAAUCUGUGGAGGGAGCUGAAUGUUCGAGUUGCCAAACGUCAGCCUUGGAGAAGAUCUACAAAGAGGAGUGGGACAAAAUCCCUCCUGAGAUGUGUGCAAACCUGGUGGCCAACUUCAAGAAACGUCUGACCUCUGUGAUUGCCAACAAGGGUUUUGCCACCAAGUACUAAGUCAUGUUUUGCAGAGGGGUCAAAUACUUAUUUCCCUCAUUAAAAUGCAAAUCAAUUUAUAACAUUUUUGACAUGUGUUUUUCUGGAUUUUUUUUUUGUUAUUCUGUCUCACUGUUCAAAUAAACCUCCCAUUAAAAUUAUAGACUGAUCAUGUCUUUGUCAGUGGGCAAACGUACAAAAUCAGCAGGGGAUCAAAUACUUUUUUCCCUCACUGUAUCUGUUGUCCGUCGGUCUGUCUGUUUGUCUCAUGUCCGUCCAACUCUUUUUCUCUGUCAGAUUUGAUCAUGUAAGCUCUGUAAUUAUUCAGUGUUGGGCUAUUUAUCUGACCAUGUCUAUGGCCAUGUCUGUGUGUCCUGUAGGUUUGUGUGUGCCCAGCUGCCAAACCCUGUUCUGGAGAGCAUCAGUGUGAUAGAUACUCCUGGUAUCCUAUCUGGAGAGAAGCAGAGGAUCAGCAGAGGUACGGCUCUCUACCUCUCCAACCCUCUCUCAACCCCUCAACCCCUCUACCCCUCUCUCAACCCUCCCACCCCUCUCCCUACCCCUCUACCCCUUUCUCAACCCUCCCACCCCUCUCUCUACCCCUCUACCCCUUUCUCAACCCUUCCACCCCUGUCUCAACCCCUCUAGCCCUCUCUCAACCCUUCCACACCUGUCUCAACCCCUCUACCCCUCUCUCAACCCCUCAACCCUUGUCUCAACCCCUCUACCCUUCUCUCAACCCCUCCACCCCUCCCUCAACCACACCACCCCUCUCUCCACCCCUCCACUUCUCUCCCAACCCCUCCACCCCUCCACCUCUCUCCCAACCCCUACACCCCUCUUUCACACACUCACUCAGACCAGGAGUUAGAGAUAAAACCAUUCACUGACACAAGCACAGCAGUGUUUUAUUGCACAACAUAGCGAGAAGAAAGAAAUCUGACUGAAAACCCUAUAUUUACUACCACAGAAAUAGUCAUAAUGCAAAUGUUUACAAAAACAAGACUUGGGAGAAUGUAGUGCUCUAUUCUAACGUUAGCAGUGCUGUUUGCUAAUCUAUUCCCUACAUUGUGAUAGUGCAAAACAGUCUGUAGCAAAGAAAGUAUGUCCUUGAAAAACACAACAUCUGGUACUGCUGGCGGACAUACUGUAGUAAGGCAGCUUUAGCUCUGUUUUCUUAGCUUUAUUACAACCAAUUUCCUAACUGGAAAAUAUUUGCAUGAUAAUGUUGUGAUGUAAAACCAGGACUGUGCUGUUGAACCCACUGAGGGAUUUGCAAAACCAGUUCUGUAUCAAAACAUCCUGGUUUCCACACUUCUUACACCACUUCUGUAAUUACUGUAUUAGCAUUUUCCAGGACAUGUUUGAACCUUCAUUCCCAUAGGGUUCCUAUGUUUGUGGUGGAAAUAGCAAGCAAGCUUCAGAAAUCCUGCUUCUCGUGACAGACCUUUAAAACCACAUAUAGGAAGUCAAGGAAACAUGUAGCUGAGGCAGGGCAGCCGGUGUCUAUUCCACAAGUUACCACCGGCUAAAUCUAUGACGUUAAAAUGCCUAUUUACUCUGUUCCAUCUGACUGCGCAAUCCACUGUCUCAUCAGCCCAGCCAGGCAAUUUAUAAACUUGAUCUCCACUAUAAAAAACAUCUAGGCAUUAUCUCACAUUUCUUUUAGACUAACAUUUAGUUUUCAAAAGCGGAGAUUUGUAUAAACCUUGCAGUCUGUUUCUCUGACAUUUGCGACAUUGUUUCAAUAUUCUAAUUCGAUCUCCAGCUGUCCUAUAGGAAUGAACGUGUUGGGAGGUGGGAUGAGACAGACAGGUAGGCAGCUUUUCUUAGCAGUCGAAAUCAUGAAUCAGCAUCAUUUUUAUGGAUAUAUACAAAGCACUAUCAAUAGAAAACAGGUGAAACGAAACAAAGUGCAGCUAGUUUGAAGUCUUUCCAGCUUCAGUUUGAAGUGAUUGUGUUAGCUGUGUUGUUGGCUGGCUCCUCUGAACAACAGUGUCCUGAUGAGAGAGCACAUUUUCUAUGCCAGGUGAAAUCAUGCAUCAUUAGCUCAUUGUUAUGUAUGUAUCCAAAUAAAUGUCACUAGAAAACAGCUUAAACAAAUGCAGCUACUUCGUUGUUAUUCUGGAUGCACUGUUUGACGUGACUGUAAAUUAGCCGUAGUUGGCUAGCUAGCAAGCAAGGGAUAAGAACGUUGCCAGCCAGUAUGGCAAUGGAACAUUUAGAACGAAUGACUGGGUCCCGUCCAUAGAUACAGAACAAAAAGACUGAACGACUGGGUCGCGUCUCUGGCAACCGAACCGAUAGAAUGAACGACCAGCCGGCUUGGGUGGAAACCCUAGAUUUGUGUCGGGACUAUAUCUUGUGGCAGGAUGAAAUAGUAUGAAUAAAUUAAUCAAAAUAAAGUUUUUAAUGAAAAUAUGUUAAUCAUUAUUUGAAUAUGUUGGUAACAAGUUGUAUAGAAGUGAUAAUGCCAGAGAAGCCGGUGUUUGGAGGAUAUAUUGGCACGGUUUUCCAACACCGUGCCAAUAUAUCCUCCAAACACCAGCUUCUCUGGCAUUAUCCCUUAAGUGUAACAUGGCCCACCAGCUCUUUCCACAUGAAUUCCAUUGAACAGUAAAGACCAUUGUAUGUCAGCCUCUGAGUACACUCUGGUUAAUCCUAAUGGGUUUUAUUUCACUGAUGACUCUCAUAGUGGUUCCAAUGCUGCAAAGUACGGUAUGUACAUAUACCUGCAGUUAUGUCCUCUUCUAUUCUGAAUGGCUCUGUGGUGGCAGAGUGGAGUAGUGAUCAAUGUCACCAUGAUGACACAGUGUUCCAGCCUUCUUAUCAACAAGGACAUCAGGACUCUGCAGUGGACAGAUAUGGUGCUUAUCACUAUUAUCCUAGCAGGCUGCCAUAGGCUGACCAGUCACUAAUAAUAGCAUAUGCAGUGCCCUCUGUAAUUACUGGGACAGUGAAGCAUUUUUUCUUCUUUUGGCUAUAUACUUCAAAAGUUUGAAAUCAAACAAUGACUAUGAGGUCAAAGUACAGACUAUCAGCUAUAAUAUGAGGGUAUUUUUGUACAUAGUCCCUUCAUUUUAGGGGAGAAAAAGUAUUGGGACAAAUUCACUUAUACAGUAUGUGUAUUAAAGUAGUAAAAAGUGAAGUAUUUGAUCCCAUAUUCAUAGCACACAAUGACUAUAUCAAGCUUGUGACUCUACAAAUUUGUUGGAUGCAUUUGCUGUUUGUUUUGGUUGUGUUUCAGAUUAUGCUCAAUAGAAAUGAAUGGUAAAUAGGAAUAUAAUAUGUUUCUAAACACUUCUACACUAAUGUGGAUGCUACCAUGAUUACAGAUCAUUCGUAAUCAGAAUAGCAUCCACAGUCAUGUAGAAGUGUUUCGAAACAUAUAUUACAACUUUAACGUCAUAGUCAUUGUUUGAGUUCAAAUACAAACAUUUGGAGUAUAGAGCCAAAAGAAGAAAAAAAUGCUUCACUGUCUCAAUAAUUACAGAGGGCACUGUAUACAACCAAUGGAGUGGCCCUAUAGACUCAAACACUCUCUGGAAGUACCUGGAUAGAGUGGAUUGUCAACAUUUUAUGAACUGAGAUAGCUACAGUGUGUGCCAAUGUUUCCCUCACUCUUCUCACUGAUGAUAGAAUUCCACGUGAGGGAUGCAAAUGGACAUUCUUAGAAUCCUCAAGAGGUGAUUCAACAUUUACAUUUACAGUUUAGUAGACGCUCUUAUCCAGAGCGACUUACAGUUAGUGAGUGCAUACAUUUUCAUACUGGCCCCCCGUGGGAAUCAAACCCACAACCCUGGCGUUGCAAGCGCCAUGCUCUACCAACUGAGCUACACAAAACUAUGUUUUGGUACACAUGGCUCACUGAUACUCCAGAAAAAAGGCCCUCCUUGUUCCAUGUCAGGGAGAGAUAAGAGAGAGUAACUCUGUCUUCCUGUGAACCGCCCUGGUCUCAUUUCUCCUCACAGGGUCAGGGUUACCUCCAGCUGAUGCCUGACUGCUGAGGAAUCCACUAUAUUCUACUGAACUCUGCUCUACUGUACCUUAGCUCUCAUCUCACCUUACUGCUACACCUCUAGCAGUAAACCUCCACUUUAUCCCGCUGUGCUGUGCUCUUCUUCUCUAUGAACUGUUCUCUGAUUUUAUUUUCCCUACUGUCUGAGACCCAUGAAACCUUACCUCACGACUGUAUACUCUGCUGUAGCCAUGUCUAUGGGAUGUGGGGUGUGGCAGAUAGAUGUGUGCCUCUGUGUUUACAUCAGGCUCAAACAGGUUGUCAUCUCCCCUUGAGAUCAGCCAGCCAAUCUCUGCGGGGGUCCGUGUCCUCCAAUUUUUUUGCGCACGGUUAGUUACUUCAUUCCACAUUCAGCAAGUCCAUCAGUCACCCUAUAGUCCACGGUAAUCACCCUGCAUGGCGCACUGCGGCCGUCAGCACUUUCCUUUGGGCUGCCGGUGUGUGUGUGUGUGUGUGUGUGGUGCUAUGUAGGGUGAGAGCUAACGGGGUAGAAGGAUUAGGGCUCAUUCAGGGGAGCAGAGAGGAAACCCAGCUUUAGAACUAAACAGGGAACAUGGAGUAGUCAGAACCAGAUCCCCUACAUACAGAGAAACUCCAAUGUCCACACAUAAGUACAAAUGUCCAGUAAACUGUGUACCAUCAUUUUUGCCACAACCAAACUCAAAGAGCUUAUGGAGCAAAAUUGUAUGCAGCAGUUUAUGCAGAGCAUGCCUAUGUUGUCAUUGAAUGUGCAUGUGUAUUCAAAUGAAGAGCUUAGCAGUUGCUAGUGAAAAAUAAGUUGCUGGUUUGGUACUGCUGGAAAUGCUUGAAUGACUGUAAUGUGCUGAGGGUCUUAGCGUUGUAUAGUGAAGUAGUUUCUCAUUUGCUGUCACAGAGUUGUCUAUUAGAUCAGGCACAACAUUGUGCAUACAUGAACUUGCACCAUGCACAAUGCUGGUUGUGUAUCUAGAUUCAAGAGUUAAAGUAUAGGGACUCUAACUUGGCAUCAUCAAAAGCCUGUGAUUGCAGGUUACUGUUGUGUUCUCCACUAUAAUUUGGCUCUGUUGUUAUUGGUGAUGCACUUGUGUAAAGGGAUACUGUGAGAUUCCUAGAUUUAGGUCGUUCUUCUACUUACCCAGAGUCAGACGAACUCAUGGAAACGAUUUCUAUGUCACUACGUUCAGUGUGAAGAUGAUUGAAGUUAGCGCAACUGUUGGAAGUCUCCCCGUACAGUAUCCAGCUCCUCUCAAAAGCAGGGAAAUAAACUCCAAAGCUGGGUGGUUGGUCAUUUAUAGUCUUACAAAGCUAUACAUAUGAAUCAAUAUUUUUAUAAAUUAGUUAAUUUGACUGAUAAUCAUAAGAAACAAGAUUCUAUCCACUUCCUCAUUCUGUCCCAUUGUCACAUAGAGAUGUAUAGAGAUUGUAUCUGUCUCAAUGGCGCUGCCCGUGCGCUCACAGACGCCAUAACGGGACAGAUACAACGUCUAGGCUAAGCUAAUGAUAUGCUAACUUCAAUAAUCUCCAAACUACUCGCAGAGACAUAAAAAUGGUAUCCAUGAGUUUGUCUGACACUGGGUAAGUAGAAAAACAACCGAUAUCUCGCAGUAUCCCUUUAAGCAUUCAUAACAGGAAGGGGGUAUCCAUAAAAUGUACUCUUGGACUCAUUUUGGGUUCCCUCGGUAUCUCAGAGAGUUGGAUUACUUCCAAGCACAGCUUUUUUCCCUGAUCCCGUUUAGACAUACACAUGCGUACAUCAGAAGCUCUCCACCCGAUACAAUUUAUAUAUCAGUGUGGCUCCCUGAUAAUUAAGUGGUAAUGCCUGAGAAGCCAGGGUUUAUAGGAUAUAUUGGCACUGGUGUUGUUAAGCCAGAGAUGAAGUCUCCACAUGUUCAAUGGAUGGAACAUGUCUAUAUGUUCCGUCCAUAGCAUCAGUAGAGGUUGUAGUCCUCCUGCCCCUGUUCCAAUUAGGAGCAGUCAGUCAUUAGAGUUAGCCCUGGGCUCUCAUUAGCCUCUUCCUGUCUGUCUUGUGUUUUUGGCCCACGACCCCAUUUUGAUAUCUGAAAAUGUUUGUGACCCCAACGUGAAAAUAAAUAUGUAAUUAACAGCCAAUGUUUACUUUUUUAUUUGGGGCAAUGGCAGUCAAUUGAAAAACAUUCUAACAGUAAUUCUGAUUGUCUUCUCAACUCACCAUCAUAUACAUUUAAUGUGGGGCUAUGGCAGUCAAUAGCAAAUUAGUUUGACAUAAUGUCUCUUAUCUCACCACCACUAAUGAGUGUGGUUGAUGCAUGUCGCGUCGGAGAUUCUCAAAGUCAGGGGGUGUGGUCGACAGUGCGCACGUCAUCUCUGUGGUCACAUCCAACCUGGAUCGAUAUUUGGUUUUAAUGCAGAUGAGAGCACUGAAUUCAGCAUCAUGAGCUUUAUGAUGCUUUCAAGACAACUGGGAACGAGGUCAAAUCAUGACGUCAGUGAUCUUCAGGUCGGAAAGUCGGAGCUCUAGACAGAGGCCCGAGUUCCCGAGUUGGAAUUCCGAAUGGAUGACCUUUCAAAACGAUUUUUCCCAGUCGGAGUUCCCAGUUGUCUUGAACGCACUGAAGUUGGAAGUCUGAGAUUUCCGAGUUCUCUGUUGUUUUGAACGUGGCAUUAAUGCUCAGAGUGAGAUGGCAGGGUAUUUAUUCCCUUUGAAUUAGGAACCAAAACUCCUCCUUAGUGACCUGUGAAUGCUUGUCUGGAGCAUUUGGUAACAUGACAGCUCGAUCAGCUGUUCGAUUUCACUUACCGGCAUGUCAGCUGAGCCAGGAUCACAGUCAAACAGAUUGGGAAGUAGGUCCCAAAGUGCUCUUCCAAGUAUUGGAGGUGAGCAGUCAUCACUCGUGUGGGACACUUACUGAUGCUGUUUUCUGUUAGAAACAUGCACAGCCGAGGGAAGGGGGCAUGGUUAGCUUUAGAAAGACGCUUUAGAAAGAAUCCACUGAUUCAGUCACUCAUCUAUAGAAUGUUUUUGUAUUUCCCCUGCAUGCUUGCGCUCAGUUCAUUCAGUUUCCCAAAUAUGUAUAUUACAGUGGCUUGCGAAAAUAUUCACCCCCCUUGGCAUUUUUCCUAUUUUGUUGCCUUACAACCUGGAAUUAAAAUUGAUUUUAUGGGGGUUUGUAUCAUUUGAUUUACACAACAUGCCUACCAUUUAGAAGAAGCAAAAUAUUUUUCUCUGUGAAACAAACAAGAAAUAACAAUACUUUGUAGAGCCCCCUUUUGCAGCAAUUACAGCUGCAAGUCUCUUGGGGUAUGUCUCUAUAAGCUUGGCACAUCUAGCCACUGGGAUCUUUGCCCAUUCUUCAAGGCAAAACUGCUCCAGCUCCUUCAAGUUGGAUGGGUUCCGCUGGUGUACAGCAAUCUUUAAGUCAUACCACAUAUUCUCAAUUGGAUUGAGGUCUGGGCUUUGACUAGGCCAUUCCAAGACAUUUCAAUGUUUCCCCUUAAACCACUCAAGUGUUGCUUUAGCAGUAUGCUUAGGGUCAUUGUCCAGCUGGAAGGUGAACCUCCGUCCCAGUCUCAAAUCUCUAGAAGACUGAAACAGGUUUCCCUCAAGAAUUUCCCUGUAUUUAGCGCCAUCCAUCAUUCCUUCAAUUCUGACCAGUUUCCCAGUCCCUGCCGAUGAAAAAUGGUGUUCUCGGGGUGAUGAGAGGUGUUGGGUUUGCGCGAGACAGUGUUUUCCUUGAUGGCCAAAAAGCUACAUUUUUGUCUCAUCUGACCAGAGUACCUUCUUCCAUAUGUUUGGGGAGUCUCACACAUGCCUUUUGGCGAACACCAAACGUGUUUGCUUAUUUUUUUCUUUAAGCAAUGGCUUUUUUCUGGCCACUCUUCCAUAAAGCCCAGCUCUAUGGAGUGUAUGGCUUAAAGUGGUCCUAUGGACAGAUACUCCAAUCUCCGCUGAGGAGCUUUGCAGCUCCUUCAGGUUAUCUUUGGUCUCUUUGUUGCCUCUCUGAUUAAUGCCCUCCUUGCCUAGUCUGUUAGUUUUGUUCAGCGGCCCUCUCUUGGCAGGUUUGUUGUGGUGCCAUAUUCUUUCCAUUUUUUAAUAAUGGAUUUAAUGGUGCUCCGUGGGAUGUUCAAAGUUUCUGAUAUUUUUUUAUAACCCAACCCUGAUCUGUACUUACAUUUAAAUUUUAGUCAUUUAGUAGACACUCUUAUCCAGAGCGACUUACAGUUAGUGAGUGCAUAAAUUUCUCAUACUGGCCCCCCGUGGGAAUCGAACCCCCAACCCUGGCGUUGCAAGCGCCAUGCUCUACCAACUGAGCUACAGGAGGGCCUACUUCUCCACAACUUUGUCCCUGACCUGUUUGGAGAGCUCCUUGGUCUUCAUGGUGCCGCUUGCUUGGUGGUACCCCUUGCUUAGUGGUGUUGCAGACUCUGGGGCCUUUCAGAACAGGUGUAUAUAUGCUGAGAUCAUGUGACAGAUCAUGUGACACUUAGAUUGUACAAAGGUGGACUUUAUUUAACUAAUUAUGUGACUUCUGAAGGUAAUUGGUUGCACCAGAUCUUUUUUAGGGGCUUCAUAGCAAAGGGGGUGAAUACAUAUGCACGCACCACUUUUCCGUUAUUUAUUUUUUAUAGUUUUUUGAAACAAGUCAUUUUUUAAAUUUCACUUCACCAAUUUUGACUAUUUUGUGGAUGUCCAUUACAUAAAAUCCAAAUAAAAAUCCAUUUAAAUGACAUGUUGUAAUGCAACAAAAUAGGAAAAACGCCAAGGGGGAUGAAUACUUUUGCAAGGCAAGGUAAGGAGACACAUUUUCUUUUCAUUAUACAGAAAGUCAACCAAGUCUGUAUUUUUUUUUACAUCCAUUGUGAAUGACAACAGUUCCUCUGUCAAUGCGAACAAUCUUUCCAACACUCCCCCUCAAUAACUACCAAGCCUUGGUGUUAAAUAGAACAUUUUCAUGCUCUGAUCCCGUACCGCCACAUAGUUUUGCAACAGUCGUGCGUACAGUGGAUGUGGUUUGAUGUAGUUUACAAUUUAAGUUACCCAUUGCAGUAUAUCUCCGAGUUCUGUGCUCAGCUCUUUUGCUGCCAGUUGCUCUCGGUGGAUCAUACAUUGCGUCCAUAUGGCAGAGGGAGCCACAUUCAUAACUAGAGUGCAGAGGCCUGCCCGCCAUCCCGCCAUUGAUGGAUCCCCAUCUGUGCAAAAUCCCACCAUUCGAUCCCAUGGAAUCUGUUUCUCGUCAAUAUAGCUAUGCAACACACUGAACAUCCCCUGUGCUGUUUCAUACUUGGGAAGGGUGAGACAGAACAGUAUGUCCUUGUGAAUAGCAUCCCCUGACAUGUAUAGCGAACAAAAGUAAAUGCAUGGCCAUCUCGGCCCUGACAGCUAACGUCCAUUUGGAGAGCAUAAGCUGGAGAGUUUUUGAGUCGUUCAGUGUUUCCUCUUGAUUGCUAGCAAUAGCAUAAAUUAUUUGUUUAUCAGUGUUAUCUGACAAAGGUAUUGAUGUGAGUUUCUGUGCCUUUGCCUCCCCCCACAUUGUUUUUACCAUAUAAAUUGUCUCUGCAAUAGUGUGUGGUUUCAUAUCAUAGUGGGCCUAGCCAUUCACCAUUGGACUGAUUCAAGUGCAGUGGUCAAGUGCUGCCUUUUCCCAUGAUCUAAGGUGCUCUCUGGUUGAAUUUGAUCUUUUAGAUUUGAAUAAUUUUCAUUUAGAUUUUUAAGGUUAACCACAUUACAAUGAUUUUGAGGUACAAAGACUAUAUAUAUAUAUAUAUAUUCUUUAUUUUUUGGGGGGGAGGGGGUUGGAAAUUCUCCCGCAACCCCAUUUUCAUAUCAGCGUGACCCUAAUUUUGGGAACCGCUGUGUUACAAGAUAGCAAGAUAGGCCAUCAGUCUCCAUAGAGACUAAUUUAAAACAUAGGAACACUGGUUAUAACAGGUAUAUAAACCUUUACAUUAUACAGCUGACUUGCUGUAGGCCUGCUGUGUUUUUAAUGUGCUUUGGAGAAAGGUUGUAGUGAUGUGUUGACAAGAUGCUUAACAAGCGUUGUAAUCCUUUUAGAGGAGAUAGGUGCGUGUGUGUGUUUGCGUGUAUGUGUAUCUGCAUGUACUUGCUGUGGUUUUCUUCCCUCUCCCACUGUGCUGCAUGUUGGCCUGAGAGUGCCUGUGGGAUUAAUGGUGCUGAGUGCAUGUAGUGCAGGUUUGGCAGACAACCCUGUUUCUGUUUCAGUAGAGCAGCACCGCUUAGGAUCCUACAUACGGCACUGCAGUGGACAGGCCUGAGGAUACUUUUCACAGCCUGUUAAUGUUCAUAGGAUUCCUGAUUAAGUGGACAAAUUACCAUAACAUCACUCUUGACCAUGUUUAUGUUACAAAUCACCAAUUUAAUAAGAUGGCUUGUGUCAAGCAUUUAGGGAAGAGUGAAAUGGGUUUGAAACAGGUUAAAGUUGAGGGCCAAGGACUGCUUGGUACUUUCAAGUCCCUCACAGAAAGUAUAACCUUUUAGUACCACUCGUAGCUAAGUAGUAAACAUGCCAUAUCUCUGGGAACAACUAAGAGUCACAGAGGCCUGGCAACAGUUGGCUAGGGACAAGGACACAUGUAUGGGGACUGGGAAGGUUUGCCACAGGAAGUAUUUUUAUCACUCUGAACAAGUUUAUGGCACACCUUCCCCCUUCAUAGCACAGUAGCACAUGAGUACAAGGAGGGUGACCAUCUGUGUAUGCUUAGAUCUGAGCAAUGGGAGAGAGAGCCGAAAGAGAAGCAGGCUUCUUAAAAACACAGACUUACCUGACAGAUGGGAAGGAUAAUGACCUCAGUAAGGAUGCCCAGAAGGGACAAUAAUAGAAAAGUCCGCAAACUAAUGGAGAGAUAGAAUACUGGUUAGUUUAUGGACAGCUUUCGCUACAGUAGGCUACCUCACCCUGAUGAAGGCUGUUGUUUCUAACCUUUUGUGAAAAAAAUAUAAUAAAGGCUUUAUAAGAGUUAUUCAGCAAAUGACUUGGAGCUUUUUAACCACAUAUCUCCAGUAUAGAUGUGUUAUAUCUGCUAUAGAGCUGUUCUAUCCUCUAGUCUCUGGGCUGUAUUAGAGGCCUGGCCUGGCAGAAGGGCUGCUGUUAGUGUUAACAGGUGGGAGCUUUCACUGACACUCAGCCAACACCUCUGUCUCCCCAGAGAAGCCUCUCUUUCUGCUGGGCCAGGCCGCACAGACCUCCACUACAGCAGGCCAGGACUCCUGCACCAUGCUCAUAUCCUGAGGAAAAUACUAGUACCAGGCUAGGCCUAUUACAGAAAUUAUGAUGUUAUAUUGUGUGCCUAGCAGAUUCCCUCAUUCUGGAUGGCUUGCACCUGUUGUCCCAAUGUAAUGAAGUGGUAUAGUGAGGUACAGCUCUCGACUGGUCUGGCUAUGAGGACAUUUGUUUAGGCACACAUGAGAAAAUCUGUCCCAAUAAACGCUAUCACUGAAAGGUCCACUGAGUGUAUCAAUUCUUUAAAAUCUAUAAAGCAUUUGAUCAUAGAUUUUCAGCUUACUGAAUUUGAAUCUAACAAAGAGAUGCACAGUCUCUUUUUCAUUUAUUUACUGAGUGGUUUUCUACCCUUUCAGGCAAAACAAUAGUCAUCUUCAGGAGGACGCAUGCCUUCCCUAAGUGA